AUGGCGGCGCAGUUAGAUCAAGCAACGCCGCAUCGUUACCCCCCAACCUCCACCACGCCAAAUGACAUUACUAUUGAUGUACUUCCCGCGGCGGAGGAAACAGUGUUCGAUGGCGGCAGCGGUCUGCUCCGCGUCAAGUGGUCAUAUAGUCGACUUUUCUGCUUCAGCUGUGUCCUCGUGGGCCUCACGGCAACACUCAUCGACUUAUUCGAGUCUGAAGCCUCGGCCGUCAAGAUAGUUGGAUUUAUUGCAGCAUUAUUUGGCACCACGCUUUUCAUCCAUUCGUUGGUCGAGCCCCGACGGCCCACGGCUUAUCGAUGGUGGUUUCAUGUAGACCGCACCGAGCAGGUCGGGCAGUUUAUGGGUUACAUUGCUUAUGCCACGCCUAUGGCAGGUGUUGCUGCUACUUUUAUAUUUCUUGUCAACGCAUGGAUAUACGGGUUCGAAUACGCCUUCGCUCAUUCACUGUCAGGUGCGGGUCCGAGAGCGCAAGUGAUCACUGUACAUGCCCCGCCAAGCUUGCUUUGCUUUGGAGCUACAAUAGUACUCAAAAAGAUGUAUCAAUUCCUGCAGGAGAGGGUAAACCGAGCCGCCAAACGUCCUCGCCAUCGCCAUAACUGGAUAUACUUUAUCUCCACUGUUGUCCUUGCAGGAGGGGCAUACGUUGCGUUGCUCCUUUUCGUCAUCGUCAAAGACGUGCGAGCCUUGAAAUUCGGCGACCCACUUCAUGCCGUGAUAUUCAAACUUCUUUAUUGUCUCCUCCCUGAUUACCAGGCGCUUUAA